GCUCAGAGUAUCUAUCGAGUGCGGAAAUUUCUCAAUGUCGAGUGUUUGCAGACAAACGAAGUGGAGAGAAGGAGUGCCUUUGUAGAUGAUCAAUCUGACUUUUUGUUUCUUCAAUCAUAGAGAUUCGCUCAGCUUUGUGAUGUCACAACUGAAUAGGCAGAUACGGGGUUGUGAUCGGAUAUUUUGAGGCUAGUGAAGUAUAAAUCUUCCGCUGCAGCCAGUAACUCUAGUAGUUUCAGUGUGUCAUCGCCAGUAAACAAAAUGGUGCUGCUCGUUUCAUCCUCGUGCUCGUCCGCUUCAGCUGCGUCUCUACGACCGAGAGCGUCUGGACGACGAAGAGGCGGCCUCCCAAGCAGGAGAAUCGUCUCUGCAACCUAUUUAGCCAGCAGCUGUGUGCAGCUGCUUUUCAGCGCACCAGAUGUUGUGAAGGCGUCUAGAUUCGAAGCGAGUACAGUGCUGGGAGCAGGGAAGAAAAAAUGUAUCGGCCAGGAACUCAUGAAGAACGUACUCAGCGUGUUCGAGGUGGAGUCAAUCGAAGGCACCAACGUCGCGGUUACGGUACUAGAAGAGCAGGUGCCGCUCUUUUCCGAAGGAAAGAAGUCGCAGAUAAAAACGGCAAUCACAGCGCAAAGGGAUGCAACGCAUUGGCUUUGCAUAGUGGUACAUAGUACCGUGAGCUACAACCAGUAGAUUCUUGGUAAUUAAAAAAGUAAAAGACUUGUUAAUCAUGGUGAAUGCUACGUGGUAGGUCCUCCUUGAAUCCAAGUUGACUCUCAUCGCCUCUUGUACCUUGCUGAAGUUUUUAGUGAUUCUCGUUGACAUCAACAUUAAGAACUACCCAGAAUGAGAACGCAUCUGGUCCCACCGAAGUGAAUAUUGCCGUGCGCAGCGGACCAGCCGCAAAGGACUACUCGCAAAUCGCCAAGCGAGAACAUCUAGAGCCUGUGCAGCUUGACCUGCAGAAAAUCGGCGAUGAACUGGAUUUCUACACCGAAAAUUUGAGGCGGAUGCGCGCUACUGAGGAUUCGCUUCGAGAGCUCAAUGAUACUACGGCAAGCCGCGUGGUCCUGUUCUGCGUUCUGAACCUCGCACUCAUGAUCCUCAUGGGUGGAUGGCAAAUAGUGAAUCUGAAAAACUUCUUCAGAUCGAAGAAAAUUAUUUGAAGGUUCACUUACAAACCUCGACGUGAAGACAAAAUAAACUCCUAUGUAUAAUUUGUCGUAUUCUCUGUCUCUUUCGUUGGUCUAACACAAUCUCUUAUAGAAAACAACUGCAUAGCAAAAACAUGGGACGAAGUAGUCACAUGCUGUCGACCGUACUCCUGUACGUCUUUUUUGAUUGAUGAACUUCUCUGGUUCUAUCUUGCUUGGAUCAUGACCAUCAAUCGGGAUGGACAUGGAGGCUCCCUCAAGCUCAAGUACAGAGUUGUCUUCGCUUCCCGGAUGUCUUCUGAGGUUGGGGAUGUUCUGUGUAUGUUCUUCUGAUGUUGACAAUUUCAAU